AUGUUGACUACAGAUUGGAAAACCUUAGCUCUGCAAGCACAAUUGAUUUUUGGCAAAUCACAAAGUAGAACAUUGGAAUUAUUUCCAUUCGAUAGUGAUGAAACUUUAGAAGCAUUUGAGAAGCUUCCAAGUGCAAUUGGAAAGUCUGUAACUGAUUUUGGUAGCCCUGCCAAAUUUCCUGUUGAUAAAUACUACGAAACGUUAUCGAAGAAAGACGUCCAAAUUACUGAGGCUGAUCCCGUCGAAUUGAUCCAGGAUAUCAAAAGUGGAAAAUAUACUUGUGUUGAGGUCCUCACAAGCUACUUCCAUGCUGCUUUAAUUGCAUCUAAAGUGACUAAUUGUGUCUAUGAAUUUCUUCCUGAUGAAGCGUUAAAAAGCGCUAGAUAUUUAGAUGAAAAUAAAGACAAAUUGGUAAGCCAUUGUCCUAUGUUUGGCUUACCAAUUUCUCUCAAAGAAAUGAUCCCAUUGACCGGUCAUUCUGUAACCCAUGGUUCACUCUGCUACCUUGACAGGGUUGUUGACUAUAAUGCCGAUAUUGUCAACAUUUUAAUAAAGAAUGGGGCGGUUCCAUUUGUUAGGUCUACAAACCCGCAAUCUUUGAUGAUGCUUGAAUGCGAAUCUUUCACUCAUGGUAGGACUGUUAACCCAUUUAACAGUGAUCUUACUUGCGGAGGCUCAUCUGGAGGAGAGGGUGCAAUAAAUGGAAUUCAUGCAUCGCCUAUCGGCCUAGGCUCUGAUAUAGGUGGUUCAAUUAGAUGUCCUUCAGCAUUCAAUGGAAUUUACGGUAUGAGAACAACAGUUGGAAGAAUACCAACAAGUGAUUAUUUCUCUUGCCAAAUGGGUUCUGAAUCCAUCAUGUCAGUGACUGGGCCAUUGACUAGGUCCUUGGAUACCUUAGAGUUACUCAUGAAAACCGUGGUGCAGGAAAAACCAUGGAAGAUUGAUCCCAGCUUGACUUCGAUCGAAUGGAGAAAUCACGCAAGAAAAACCCCCUAUCGCAUUGGUAUUCUUAAAACUGAUGGUGUAGUUACACCUCAUCCUCCUAUAUCAAGAGCUCUUGAUAUUAUGUUUGAAAAAUUGCAAAGUACGGAUAAUAUAGAAGUUUUUGAAUUUGAGCCAUUCAAUCAUCAGAAAGCUUGGGAGAUUAUUUCAGCCUUGUACUUUGAAGAUGGAGGUGAUGAUACUAGAAAAACAUUGAAAAGCACUGGUGAGCCUAUGUGCCCUCAAACAGAAUGGAUUUUGGGAAAAGACUCAGUGAAAAGAUUAACGGUAGAGGAAAUAUGGAAGUGGAAUCUAGAAAAACAAAAGUAUAGAAAGGAUUACUUGAAACAUUGGUUACUGUUUAACAAUACUGAAGGAAAUACUCCAAUGGAUGCCUUAAUUGCACCAGUCUUCCCUGGACCUGCUGCAAAGCAUAGAACCGCUAAGUAUUGGGGCUACACAGCCCAAUGGAAUUUGCUAGAUUAUCCAGUGUUAGUUUUCCCAGUUACUAAGGUCGACUUGACGAAGGAUAUCCCAAUAAAAGAUUACAAACCGAGAAACGAAAUGGACGAAUUUGUUUAUAAGCAAUAUGAUUCACCUGAAAGCUUUGAGAAUUCACCCAUCAGUUUGGGAAUUGUUGGUUUGCGUAACUCGGAAGAGCAGUUGAUUGAUAUAAUGAAACUCAUAAAUCGUCAGUAA